AGCAGCACGUGACGUUUUGUUUUGGUUCCUUCUUUUUUUGACUGUGCGCUUCCUGAUCUUUGGCCAGAUUUUUUUUAUAUACAUACAUACAGGACACAAGAUGGAUUCCAGCUGCUUAGCUUUUUUGAAUAUUUUCUUUUUCUGCGUGUGCUCCGCGUCACCGCCGAAUUUCAUCCUCCUCUUCGCGGAUGAUCUGGGUUUCGGGGACUUGGGCUGUUACGGACACCCGAGUACUCUCACUCCCAACCUGGACCGACUGGCUGCGGGAGGACUCCGCUUUACGGAUUUUUACUGCACCAGCCCCGUCUGCAGCCCGUCCAGGGCGUCAUUAUUGACGGGUCGCUAUCAGACCCGCUCAGGUAUCUACCCAGGUGUGUUGUACCCAGGCUCCAGAGGGGGUCUUCCUCUGAAUGAGACCACCAUCGCUGAAGUGUUGAAGCCUUUAGGCUAUGCCACUGCAGCCAUGGGGAAGUGGCAUCUAGGAUAUGGAGCCAAUGGGAUGUUUCUUCCAACCAAGCAGGGGUUUGACGAGUACCUUGGGAUCCCAUACUCCCAUGACAUGGGCCCUUGCUCGAACCUGACCUGUUUCCCUCCAGAUGUGAAGUGCUAUGGAAAGUGUGACACGGGCACCGUGACCGUCCCACUGAUGCACAACGAGGCCAUCAAGCAGCAGCCAGUUAACUUCAUCGAUCUGGAGCGGGCCUACAGUGACUUCGCCACCAGUUUCAUCACCACGUCAGUCGAGAAGAAACAGCCUUUCUUCCUUUACUAUCCGUCCCAUCACACCCACUACCCACAGUUCGCAGGUCCUGGUGCAGCCGGGCGGUCUUUAAGGGGUCCAUUUGGGGACUCUCUGUUGGAGUUGGACAACACUGUAGGAACCCUGAUGGCGACCCUGGAGAAGACCGGAGUGAUCAACAACACGUUGGUCUUCUUUACGUCCGACAACGGGCCUGAACUAAUGCGCAUGUCCCGAGGAGGCAACGCUGGCCUUCUGAAAUGUGGCAAAGGUACCACAUAUGAUGGGGGCAUGAGAGAGCCAGCCAUCGCCUACUGGCCAGGGAUCAUCAAGCCAGGUGUGACCCAUGAGAUGGCCAGCACUCUAGAUAUCCUCCCCACCAUCGCACACUUGGCGGGAGCUAAACUACCCCCGGUGAUGCUGGAUGGGGUCGAUAUGACGGACCUCCUUAUCCACCAAGGAAAGAGUAAAAGGGAGACGAUGAUCUUCUACCCCGUCGAUCCCACUGAAAAGUACAGCCUGUUCGCUCUCAGGCUGGGGAAGUACAAGGCCCACUUCUACACAAGAGGCGCUACCCACAGUGAUACCACGCCAGACAAAGACUGUUCGGUGUUCUCACUCCUCAAGGCACACGACCCCCCUCUGAUCUUCGACCUGGAGGCUGACCCAUCAGAGCACUACCCUCUCACAGUGGAGGGAAGGCCAGACAUCGAAGCCUUGCUGGCGAAGAUCAAGCAAGUCAAAUUGCAGUUUGAAGCCUCCAUGGUGUUCGGAGAGAGCCAGAUAUCAAAAGGAACAGACCCGGACCUUGCGCCUUGCUGCAACCCCCAUUGUAGCCCCAAACCGAGCUGCUGCCAUUGCUGACUGGACAAAUCAAGGGUGGCGACGAUGUGGGAAAGCCUGCAAGCACUGCACUAAUUCUUAAUUUAAGAUAUCUUGAUCAAAGGACAAGAAUGUGAUGCUUUUUUGUCCUUACUUUCUUACUUGUAGGCAUGUCAGCUUUGAAUUCUGUAAAGUAAUAUCGCAAUCAGUUUCCUCAAUGAGGAUUUCGAUAGAACUAAUACAUAACAGUGCACUGUUCAUUCUCUGACUACUUUUAUCAUCUCUAAUGGAAUCUUCACCUUUAAAAAAACUUUAAAUGUGUGAAACUCUUCAAUCACACAAAACAAUCUGAACAAUAAAGACAACAAUGCCGUUUCGGACAUCAAGCAUAUAUUUUAUUCAUAAGACCAAACCCAUGACAAGGCAGAGUGAUUUUUUUUCUUUUUUUUUGUUUUCCCUUGAAUUUUACAAGUCCUUGUUUUUGAAGAUACAAGAUAGGAUAUGUUUGUUCUGUCACAUACUGUUUUGCUCUAGGUAUACAGUGAAGAAUCUUGUUGAAGUAAUAAAGUCAAAAGUUGGUUUAA